GCUGCUGAUGCAGAAACAAGUUGAGCAGCAGGUUGAUGCGACGGGACUCAGAGAGACAGAGGACAGAGGGACAGACAGAGGACAGACAGAGGACAGAGGGACAGACAGAGGACAGAGGGACAGACAGAGGACAGAGUCUCCGCUUGUUCUUCACAGUUGAACUUUUCCCGCGGAUCAUUUUUCUCUGCAGAAUCUGAUCGGAGAUGAAGGAGCAGAACUUUAAAGAGGAAGUGAUGAAGAUCAUGGAGGAAGCUCCAAACGCCAGAAAAGCUCUGCUGGAGAAUUACGACAACCUGCUGAACGUGGCCGAUUACUGCUACAACAACUACGUACAGUCAGGUGACGGCAGCAUGAAAGCGUUGGAGGAAACAAAGAACUUCACCACCCAAUCACUGGCCAGCGUCGCCUACCAGAUCAGCACUCUGGCCAGUAGCGUGCUGAGUCUUCUCGACGCUCAGACCAAUCAGCUGCGUCACAUGGAGUCUUCCAUCAACCUCAUUGGUCAGACGGUGGAGAUGCACAAAGAGAAGGUUUCCCGCAGAGAGAUUGGCGUCUUCACGGCAGUGAGACGAGUCCCACGUAGCCACAAGAUUCUCCCUCCUCCUCAGCCUCCCGCAGGCACACAGCCCCGCCCACCGUACAGCCGCAGACCAAUCAACUACCAGCAGCUGGACAGCCUGGGCCACGGCAUGAAGGUCUCUGGGAAACAGUCAGACCGAACAGGAACCAUCCGUAAACACGGCGCCUCCAACAGGUCCAUCAAACCUCCAGAGCCAGUUCAGUGUCCGGUGGCGCCCCCUGUCAGCAGCUCUUUUGGGAAACCUGUAGCUCCGCCCACCAUCCCCAUCACCUGCCCAGUCCCACCUGAGUGUGACAUCAUCACCACGCUGCUGGACGACGCCCCGCCUCCUCCUCCUUUAGCCAAUGAAAUGCCAGCCCAGGAUGAUGAGGUCACCAACACCUUGGCCCCGCCCCCUCCCCCACCAGAUUUGUCAGGAGAGAUGGCGGCUCUGCCCCCUCCCCCCCCUCCUCCUCCACCUCCUCCUCCUUCACAGACUCUGACCAAUCACAGUGCUCCCCCGCUGGCUCCACCCCUCAGCCUCGAGACAGUGAUGGAGGAGAGCAGCUUCCCACCUCCCUCUCCUCCUCCUCCUCCUCCUCCUCCUCCCUCUGAUGAUGGCGGCUUCCCCCCACUGCCCAUCAACGGCUCAGAACUGCUGGCUCCGCCCCCUCCACCUCCACCUAGCCAGGAAGUAGAUGUGACCCUCCUGUCCAGGAGGAGUCGCCGCCGUCGCUCACCACCUACCACUCGCUCCCUCUCUCUGAGGGUCCGCUCUGGCCCCGCCUCCCGCUACCACUACGCACGCUCUCUCUUCCUGCCUGCUGUCCAAUCAUUGAUGAUCCCCCCUCCUCCCCCAUACCCUCCCCCCAAUGCUCCUCCUCCCUCCUCUUCCUCUUCCUCCUUCACCCUGCUCCCUCGCUCCUCUUCCUCGCCUCGACUCUGCUUACCUGCUCGCCUUGAACACCUGGAUCUAGAGCUCCCAGCCAUGCCCCCUCCUCUCCUAUUGGACGACGAGGUUGGUUUCGAUGACCUGAUGCCACCCCUCCCUCCACCUGUGGACUACGACACCAACGCCCCCUCCCAGUACCUGGAGAAAGUGGAGGCACUGUACAACUACGAGGCAUCCAAACCUGACGACCUGUCAUUUGCUGAGGGCGACAUCAUCUACAUGACUCACCGCCAUGACGACGGCUGGUGUGAGGGGGUUCUUAACGGCAACGAGGGCUUCUUCCCUGAAAACUACGUCCAAUCAUAUGGUUAGACUGUAGCCCUGCCCCCAUCCUUCUAUUUUCUUGUUUGGAUCACUGUUGCCGGGGAGAUUUAACAGUCAAUGUUAAUGAACGAUCGUCCUCUCUGCUGCCCCACAGAGGAGGACCACGGUAACUACACGUCUGAGUUUGAACGACAGUAAAGAGUUAAAGAACAAACCAAACCUCAGUCACAGUGUUUCUACAGGAAAUGUUUGUAUAUUCAACAAUGAUACAGCAACAAUCAAUAAUCAAACAAAUAUAAACAUGCAGAGUAAAGAAACUAAUAAAUGACAUUGUUACAAACAGUUACUGCACUUUGACUCCAGAUCAGUUCAUCUGAUUGAUUAUUGAACUUUCUUUAAAUCUCAUCACAGCUGAAACAGUGAGUCAAUUCAUCAAACAGAAAAUUUAUCUUCAAUCCAUUUCAUUAAUCCAUUAAUCCUUUAAGUCAUUUUUUUACUAAAAUGCCGAAAAAAUCACUGGUCUCAUCUUCUGAAAUAUAAAUAACGUAAAGUUUUAGUAGUUUCCCGUGGAUGUCAUUUAUUAUGAUCUUAUGACAUCAUAUAAACAAAACCCAGCUGAUUAUUGGAUGAUAAAAAUCAUGGUUAGCUGCAGUUUUAAUCCCAGUUUACUGCAGAUUCAGUCAUUACACCAGUUAGAAUAUUAGUUUGGCCAGAAAGCUGCACAUAUUUUAAUAUUGAUUAACUGAUUAUUUUAUUGUUUAAAUGGAACUUUAUUUGUUUGUAGAAAUGCAUUAUCUUAAAAAAACAAACAAAAAAAAUAUGUGAAAAGUGAAGAAGCUAAGAAGUUACAGCUCGUUACUUUAAUUCAACAAUAAGGUCAGAUGUGUGUGUAAACCAGUUAUUAAAAUGUUAAACAAGUUUAUUUUAAGAAGACAGAAAUUAAGUUUUUAUCAGUUAUUUUAAAAAAAAAUCUUUUUACUGUUUUUCUUCCUUCUUGUGUUGAACACACUGAUUCUGCGGCUGUAAAUAUUAAAUUUAGAGGUUUAAUUUUUAUCGAAAGAUUUUUUUGUGCAGUUAAAAUCUUUUCUUUGGUCGUCAGAAGGAAGUAUUAACAGAAUGUAGUAUAUUUGUUUAAGACCUCAGUGUUGCUGCCCCCUGCAGGCCACAGACACAAACUACAGGCUGAUGAUUCAAACUGAUCAUUAAUGACCUCAUAUCUUAUUGUUUAUAAUCAAUUAAUCAAUAACCACAGAGGCAGAGCUCUGACUGUCAGUAAUUAUCAUUAAACAUGUGAAUUAUUCAAAUGUAAUGUCUUUAUUCAGAUGAUCAAUAAAUAAAUGUUUCAGA